CACACCUGCAGCGGUGGGACCAGUAUGAGCCCAGCGUCACGUCCCCAGUUCCUCCUCCUCCUGCAUCUCCAGCGAGCAUCAAUAUAAACCCAGACGGCGGCCCACAGACGGCGACGACUCCGACCGCUGAGGAGACGCCUGAACGCAUCGCAGACACCGGCCUUCCUCGUCCUCAUCCUCCAUCUGAGCUGCAGACGCUGAUUGGCCGACUCCAUCAUGCUCCGCCCCCUGCUCUACCUGGUCGCCCUCAUCACCCUCGCAGGUGCUAAGCAGACCUUGACGGCCUCCACAGAGUUGGACAUCAGCUCCUGUCCCAUCACCAUAUAUGGGCAGAGAUACGAACAGGCCUUUGUGAACUACACCUCUCAGAACCUGGUUAUCUGCUUCAAGGGCUUUUACGGCUCUGGAACCAAAGAUGACUGCAUCCUUGGACCUCUUCCUGACUCCAAGAAUGCAGAAUUCGACCAGUUCCAGAGGAUUCCCCUUUUAGAAACCAUUGUGCAGUACAACGUCCCGACCAUCAAGACCAGAAUGGACUGCUACCUUUCUAUCUCCUACCAACACAAAGGAGGCUAUACCACCCUGGCGCUGAUUAAGUUCGGACCUCUUUCGGUUCUUUAUGUGUACACUCCUGUUGAGGGCACCGUGGUGGUGGACAUUCAGGUGGACGGAACGACAGCAGACCAGGUGACAGUCACCAACACCCCGUCCAGCAGACAGACUCGUGGGUAUCUGGACAUCAGCGGCUGCAGACACUCAGGUGCUGUGUAUAAACCUGCCACAGAGGUGAACUCACCUGAAACCUGCUUCAGCCUCACCUGUGAUGAAGAUCUGGUCCUCAAAACCUCAUCCUGUGGUCCUAUGGACCGUUGCCUUGGAAACGGCAGCUGCAUCCCAGCGGCCCUGUAUGACUCCAUAUUCAAUCCCAAACUGGACUUGGUGUGCACUGUGACGGGACCCGCCCUCAUAGACUUCCACGGCCUCCUGACCUCUGUGAGGGAUCGCUGUACCUACUCUCUACUGUCCCUCCCUUCAGCCCCAGACUUCCAGGUUCUGGCCAACUUCCAGGAACGGCACCGAAAAGACGUGAGCUUCCUGGACAGCGUGACGCUGCGGCUGGAUGGGCCGGGUGUCCAAAUCCACCUGAAACAAGGCGGAAGAGUUCAGGUGAAUGAUGCGCCACUGAGCCUCAGCACCUCGGCUCAGAUGGUUCAUGGGGUGGAGCUUUCCAAGGACCUCACCGGAGUCACUGCCCGGGUCUCUGUGUCCAAUUUCACCAUCUAUGUCUUCUUUGAUGGCUACACCAUGCAGAUCCACCUGCAAGGACCCGUUGGGUCGGCUUUGCACGGUCUCUGUGAAAACUCCAGCAGAUCUUUGGCAGACCUCAGGGUGCCUGAGUCAAACCCCGACAGCUGCCUGAUUCAGUACAACGACACAGAAGAGUCUAUGAUCAACUGCACCAAAAUGACGGAACACUGUAACCUUCUGAAAAAGGAGCCCUUUGCUUCCUGUGACAUCAACCCAGAGCCGUACAUAACAGCCUGCACUACCACUCUGUGCAGCUACCCUGACCGAGAUGCCCUCAAGUGUCAGUUCCUGGAGGCCUAUGCCAGAACCUGCAAACUGCAGCGCAAUGCCACCCUGGUCGACUGGAGGUCCAAGGCUAAGUGCUUGUACCCUCAAGCCUUCUGUCAGGACAGAACCUGCAGUGACCACGAGUUCUGUGGAGAGAAGUCUGUGGGUGGUGACAAUCGCUGCUUUUGUCGAGCCAUUUUCGCCUCUAAGUACAGGGAUCAAAAUGCUUUGGGUGAUCCAACAGUCUGCAACCAGACCUCUGGUUCCCUGACUUUGGUCAACUGCCUCCUGGAGGAUGAAGGCCUUGACUACAUUGCCCUGCACCUCAAAGACCCGACCUGCAGGGGCCACAUGGACGAGGAGACCCACCUGGUGACGUUUAGCUUCAGCGAUAUCAACCGUUGUGGGACGGAGGUCAUGAGCAGCAACAACCAGAUAAUCUACCAGAACACCAUAAGCAACCACAACAGCUCCUCCAGCAUCAUCACCAGGAAAGACCAGGUCUUCAUUGACUUCUCCUGCGUCUACAUGAAGGAGGCCAUGAAGGCUUUUAAAGUCAGAAGCAGGUGUGUUACGGACUGUGGAACCAAUGACGCCAGCUCUAUAAUCAAAGUCAGUACCUCAGGGGUUUGGAAUUACACUCUGACCAUGAAGGCCUACACCGACGCUGCGCGCACAAGGCCGGUGGACUCCAACACAGAAGUCCGGCUUGAUGAGAAGAUCUGGGUGGAGCUGAAGACUGAGGGGUUGGAUGGAGACCUGAUCUCCGUGGUGACUGAAUCCUGCUGGGCAACCAAUCAGGAAUCAGAGACAGGAAGCCUGAGAUAUGACCUGAUCAAGAACGGCUGUGCCAAUCCCGCUGACCCGACUGUAACGGUGGAAGGAAACGGAGAAGGAACCUCCAGCUACUUCUCCUUCAACAUGUUCCAGUUCUCCGGGAAGUCCGGGAACAUCUACCUGCACUGCAAGUUGCAGCUGUGCAUCAAACAAGGGAACAGCUGCAUCCCGAAGUGUAAUGGAGCUCGAACUCGAAGGUCCAUCAGGUCCAGAUAUGAAGCCUCCGCUCUCAUCAGCAUGGUUUGGACCAACUAGGUCAGACGGCGG